AUGGCGGAGGCGGCGCUCAUCUUUGCAAAGUCGAUCCUGGGCAGCGCGGUCAGCAAGGCGGCAUCAGCCGCCAGUACUGAGAUAAGCUUGCUGAUGGGCGUGCAGAAGGAGAUGUGGUUCAUCAAAGAUGAGCUAAAAACCAUGCAAGCAUUCCUGCAAGCUCCUGAAGUAACAGAGAAAAAGGAUAAACUAGUGAAGGUUUGGGCAGAGCAAGUACGAGAUUUGUCCUAUGACAUUGAAGAUUGCCUUGACGAGUUUAUGGUCCAUGUGGCGAGCCAUAGCUUGUCAAAACAGUUGUUGAAGCUCAAAGAUCGUCAUCGAAUAGCUGUCCAGAUUCGCAAUCUCAAAUCAAGAAUCGAAGAAGUGAGCAACAGGAAUAGGCGCUACAAGUUAAUCAAGACGGAAUCCUCCAACGUAUCUGAUGAUAUGGAUUCGAACAUGGAAGAUAUCCGCAAUAACUCAGCAAGCAACAUUGAUGAAGCAGAACUUGUGGGCUUUGCUUCACCUAAAAGAGAGUUGAUUGCUCUGAUUGAUGUCACCGCUAUGAACGGUCCAGCUAAGGUGAUAUGUGUGGUUGGCAUGGGUGGUUUAGGGAAGACUACUCUUGCAAGGAAAGCCUAUGAAAGCAAGGAGGAUACUCUGAAGAGCUUUCCUUAUAAUGCUUGGAUCACCGUGUCACAAUCAUUUUCCAGGAGGGCGAUGCUCCAAGACAUGAUCAGUCAAUUUUUUGGUGUUAAUGCACUGAACGAGAUCUUAAAAGAACUUGCAGGAAAAGUGUUGGAAGAGGGCCUUGCUAGCUAUCUCAGAAGAGAGAUUCAGGAUAAGAGGUACUUUAUUGUUUUUGAUGACCUAUGGGAAAUACAUCACUGGAACUGGAUUAGUGAUGUUGCACUUUCUAGGUCAAAUAACAGAGGAAGUCGGAUAAUUGUUACUACCAGAGAUGUUGGUUUGGCUAGGCACUGUACUUUAGAAAACAUCUACCACCUAGAGCUUCUACAAAUAGAUGACGCCGUAAAGUUGCUACAAAGGAAGACAAAAAUAGCACAUGAUGACAUGGACAAUGAUCAGAACCUGAGAACACUAGUUACAAAAGUAGUAAAGAAGUGUGGAUAUUUACCAUUGGCAAUACUCACAAUUGGAGGUGUUCUAGCCACUAAGAAGAUAGCAGAGUGGGAAAAUUUCUAUAAUAAGCUGCCUUCAGAGCUUGAAAGUAACCCAAGCCUUGAAGCAGUACGUAGGGUGGUGACCCUCAGCUACAACCACUUGCCCUCACAUCUUAAGCCAUGUUUUGUAUAUCUCAGCAUCUUCCCUGAGGAUUAUGAAAUCAAAAGAAGUCAUGUGGUUGGUAGAUGGAUAGCAGAAGGGUUUGUAAGAGCAAAGGUUGGGACAACCAUUGAUGAGGUUGGGAAAGAGUACUUUGAUGAGCUAAUCAGCCGGAGUAUGAUUCAAUCAUCAAGAUUGGGUAUAGAGGGAAGUGUCAAAACUUGUCGAGUUCAUGACAUCAUGCGUGAUAUCAUAGUCUCAAUUUCUAGAGAAGAAAAUUUUGUCCACUUAAUCCACAGUAAUGGAAUUAAUGUACCAGAGGAAAACUUCCGUCAUGUUGCAUACCACGACAGCAAGUGCCAAAAGGAAGGCAUGGAUUGGAGGCAUAUUCGAUCAUUAACUUUUUUUACUGAGGGGUGUUGUGGUUGGACUCUGGAUCUCACACCUUCAAUUUCUACACCUAAGUUGAGGAUGCUACGAGUUUUGGAUGUUGUGGGUGGAAAUUUUAGAAUCACACAAGAUGGUAUAAAUAAGAUAGUGCUGCUGUGUCACUUGAAAUAUCUGAAAGUCAGGGCUUAUUUGUCAGCAAAUAUAUAUUCAGUUCCGAGUGACAUAGGAAAUAUGCAAGGCCUGCAAAUUUUGGACAUGGGAAACAGUUAUAUUACAACUCUGCCAACGGAGAUCACUAAACUUCGAGAUCUCCGUGUCAUCCGGUGUAAUAGGAAAGGCUAUUAUUUUUUGGAUCCAGAAGAACCAGUGCGUUGUUUGUUUGCCACAUUGAGCCUGCCAAUAAUCCUAAUAGGUUGUUCUAGUGGUGAUUCAUAUAGACGUGCCAGAGCAAUUGGUGAUCUACACAUGGGCUGCUCUAGCGGUUGGUCCAGGACUGAUGGAGAUGGAGUGAGGGUUCCAAGAGGAAUUGGAAACCUAAAAGAGUUGGAGAUAUUAGAGUCUGUGGACAUUAGAAGAACUAGCAGCAAAGCAGUUAAAGAGCUCGGGGAGCUGACCCGAUUAAGAAAAUUAGCCAUAGGAACAUACGGGGCUUCCAAGAAAAAGUGUAAGAUACUUUGUGCAUCCAUUGAGAAGCUCUCUUCCCUUCGUUCUCUCAGUGUGUGGGCCAGCGAACACCAGGAUAGAGGACUUGGAUGGUUGAUUUCUUCUACCUCCCCUCCUCCCCACCUGAGGAGCCUCAGUUUGUGUGGAUAUAUAGGAGAGAUGACCGACUGGUUCAUGAAUCUUACACACUUGGUGAAGAUUUUGUUUAUAGAUUGCCAGCUAAUGGAAGAUAAAACCAUGGAGAUACUUGGGAAGCUGCCAAAACUCAUGCGCCUCAAGUUUUACAGCGGUGCAUACCUUGGAGAGAAAUUAGUGUUUGGAACCAGAGCAUUCCUGAACCUCAGGGCAUUUGAGUUUGAGAUUUGGGGCGAUAUGGACCACCUGAAAGAGAUUAGAUUUGAGGAGGACACCUCCCCUCAGAUGGAAAGUAUAGACAUCAGGAGCUCAGAUUUGGAGUCAGGGAUUAUUGGUGUCAAGCACCUUCCAAGUCUCAAGGUGAUUGCACUCAGUUCAUCUAGGGUGGCGAGGCUCCGCAUGCUGGAAGAGGAAGUGAACGCACACUCGAAUCGUCCUGUCCUGCGGCUGUCAAAGGACCGAAACUGGCAUGACCUGGGAGACGUUGAAGGAUCCAAUGUGGAGGUGGAAGCCACAGAAUCCAUUCCUGACGACGACACAAAGUGA